UAUUCUUCUUCGCUUACACAAGAAAAAAGAAGCGCGGAUUUUUCAUAUGGCUCCAAAACUCUGAGACACACAAGCAAGAAACAGAGAGAAGAAGAUAAAGCUACAAAAAAAUGGCAACGAUAAAUUCAACGGUCACGAUUCUCUCUCCCAAAUCGAUCCCAAAAAUCAUCGAUUCGAAGACCGUCGGUUACGGUUUAUCUCCCAAUGUCGUCAAAUACGUCAAUUCCUCUUGUCGGAGAUUGAAGUUAGCGAAGCUGGUCUCGGCGGCCGGUUUAUCGCAGAUCGAACCAGACAUCAACGAAGACCCGAUUGGUCAAUUCGAGCUUAACAGCAUUGAAAUGGAGGAUUUCAAGUAUGGUUAUUACGAUGGAGCUCAUACUUACUACGAAGGAGAAGUUGAAAAGGGAACAUUUUGGGGAGCUGUUGCAGAUGACAUUGCUGCAGUUAAUCCUCCAUCUGGAUUUCAAGGUUUAAUCUCUUGGAUAUUUCUUCCUGCUAUAGCUGCCGGGAUGUAUUUUGAUGCUCCGGGUGAGUAUAUGUUCAUAGGUGCGGGGUUGUUCACGAUAGUGUUCUGUAUAAUAGAGAUGAAUAAACCAGACAAGCCACACAACUUUGAGCCUCAGAUUUACAAAUUGGAGAGAGGAGCUCGUGACAAGCUCAUGAAUGACUACAACACGAUGAGCAUCUGGGACUUUAAUGACAAGUAUGGUGAUGUCUGGGAUUUCACCGUUGCGAAGGAUGAUAUAGCCACAAGAUAAGAUAUUGAUUCUCAUUGUAAUGAUGACUUUUGAUGGAAACUGUUUAUAAAUGUUACUAUGUGUAUAAUAUAGAUUGUUAUUUCUAUUAGUUUUGUUUC